AUGCACGCGUUACAAAUUGAGGAGUUUUUCAUCCGAUCGAAGAUUUUGCCUGCUGCCGCCAAUUUGCGACAUGCCACCAUCAAUCCCGCGAAGAUGCUCGGCCAAAAGGGCAAGCUUGGUGUCAUGGCAGGAGGCGCCAUUGCCGAAUUGCUGGUUCUGUCGCGCAAUCCCUUGGAGGACAUCAUGGUUCUCGAUCGACCAGAGCUCUACCUGGAUGCUGUGAUCAAAAAAGGACAAGUAGUAUCCGGGAAGGUCUGA